CCAGCCCAAAAUCAAGAAAGAUCACAAGGUUGAUCUUGAUGGAUACCUCAAGUAAGAGCAAUAUUCGAGUUCUAAUGUUUCCAUGGUUAGCUUAUAGUCACAUGCAUGCCUUCUUGGAGCUGGCCAAGAAGCUCUCAAAGAGAAACUUUUACAUUUACCUCUGUUCAACACCCGCUAAUCUUGCAUGUAUCAAAGAGAAAGAAGCUUCAGUAGAAUUUGUAGAACUCCAUCUUCCAUCAUUGCCCGAGCUUCCUCCUCACUACCACACAACCAAAGGUCUGCCCCGACAUCUCUUGAGCAACUUGAUGAAAGCCCUUGAUAUGUCAAGCUGUAGCUUCUCCGGAAUCUUGACUGCAUUAAAGCCAGACUUGCUCAUUUCUGAUUUCUUACAGCCAUGGGCUCCUGCAAAGGCUUUAUCACUUAAAAUCCCAACCGUUCUGUUCAUGGUUAGUGCUGCUAUGCCUUACUGUUUUCUGCUUGAUCUCGUGAAGAUAUCAGGUAGCACUGCUCUCCCCUUGCGGUCUAAUUAUCCACAUGAAUAUGAUUGUGAAAACGAUAACCUCACGCUUCAAGAUCGUCUUCUUCAAUGCUUGGAAGGAUCCAGUAAUCUCAUGCUGAUUAGAAGUCUUAGGGAGUUAGAGGGAAAAUAUGUAGAUGAACUCUCAGUGCUAGCCAUGAAGAAGAUUGUACUAGUGGGUCCACUUGUUCAGGAACUUAGUGAGGAAGAAAAUGAGAAAACAGAAAUCAUAGAAUGGCUCAACAAGAAAGACCCAUGCUCAGUCUUGUUUGUUUCAUUUGGCAGUGAGUGUUACUUGUCCAGGGAAGACAGAGAAGAGCUAGCUCAUGGAUUGCUGCUUAGCAAUGUAAGUUUUAUAUGGGUCCUCAGGUUUCCUCAGGGAGAGAAAAUAAGUGCAGAAGAAGCUUUGCCAGAGGGGCUUGUUGAGAUGGUUGGAGAAAAGGGAUUGUUCAUUGAAGACUGGGCUCCCCAGAAGAGAAUAUUGGAUCAUCCUAGCAUAGGUGGGUUUUUGAGUCAUUGUGGCUGGGGUUCUAUAAUGGAAAGCAUGAAAACCGGUGUUCCAAUAAUAGCCAUGCCUAUGCAUGUUGAUCAACCAUGUAAUGCCAAGCUCUUACAAGAGGUUGGUGUUGCUUUGGAAAUCAAGAGAGAGCAGAACGGCAAACUUGGAAGAGAAGAGGUUGCAAAAGUGGUCAGAGAAGUGGUCGUGGAGGAAACAGGAGAGCAGGUGAGAAGAAAAGUCAGAGAAUUGAGAGAGAGAAUAAGAGGCAAAGAAGAUGAAGAUAUGGAUGAGGUAGUAAAUGAGCUUGUCAAACUUUGUGGCCGGGAAGCAAAUAAACCUCUCUAGUCAGAGCUCUGGACCUCCUCCUCCAAAAUAAAUCUCAUCUUGUCUGAUUCUGCAGUCAGCUGCUAGUCAAGCUUUGGAUCUGAAUAAGGAGAAGUAGAUGAACAUGUCUGGGUGUAGUUACUAGUAGCUUUGUGCUACUGACCCACUCAACUCGGUGUUCAUCUCGCACCUGACUUUAGAUCACCAUACUACAUCAAUAAAAAACAAGCAUCAGAUGACAAAUUGAAAGCAAGAAAAAUAUAGCUGGACCAGAAAUUUGGAAAUGUAAUUAAAGCUUGCCAAUCCUUCCAUAACCUUGUUUAAUCUCAAUCUUCGAUAUUGUAUUUGGUUAUUAAUAUGGCAGGAGAAAAAACAAAUAUAUA